AUGGACUCGCCACAUCAACAUUCGAGGAGAGUUGAGGACCAAGAUGCAGCAAUCAUAUACGAAAGCGACUCCGAGGCUGGGGUGUAUAGCGUGUAUCAACAGGGACGACGGCAACACCGAACAGACACUAUAGAGCGGCAAGGAAACAGCAGACCAGAUCUUUUACUCUCCAGAAAGCUGAAGCCAUGGUACACGGCCCGCACAAUCUUGGGCAUCUUUUGUGCCGUGCUCUCGCUUGCACUAUUGGGACUGGGAAUCAAACUGGCCGUCAAGUAUGAGUCGGCACCGCUCAUUCACGUCACUGUGGCCUUUACAGUCUUUACGGCCGGGGCAUCCCUCCUAUGGAGCUUGUUUGAAUUCAUCGCCAUGUGCACCCGCGCCCAGAGAAGGGGCAUCUACCCCGGCGCCCACGUGGGCGUGCACAUGGGUCUCUGCCUCGUGUCUGUUGCGGUGGUGGGCUACGUCGGUAUCUGGGUGUCGCAUGGGCAGGACAGUCGGGUCGAGGCAAGCAGGAACAGGCUGGAAUACUCGCCCUUGUACCACAUGGGGGUGGUGAUAUUGAUUGUUUCAUCUGUGUUGCUACUUGUUCAUUUUGUUAUUUCCAUCCUGGCCUGUCAGGAACUGAGGCGGAAAGAUGACGGGGAUGUGCACAGAACUGUUGUCACGGUUCGAUAUGACGGAGUCGGCCCUACAGGAACGGCGCGACCAAUAGGUUACCGGACGACGCCGGAAACGAUUGGUCUGCCAGCCUACACGACUAGGUACCAUCGGGAUGAGGCAGCAAUGAUUCGAUCUCCACCUAUUGUGAUAGCCAGGGGUGAUUUGGGUGUGGAAAUCAUUGAAACUCCCACUACGACUCAGACAGUCUUGGGGGAGACAGAGAUGGACGGACCAGAGGAGAAAGCACUCAGGUCGUCAAAGCGGUAAUGGUAGAGGGUUUCCUACCACACGUCAGUUAUGAACGCAAUGCAAUAUACCCAAUGACUAAUCAAUACAUGUGUAUCCUACAUGAUAUGGGUGACUACAUCAAGA